GAAUCAGUUACGGUUGAGAGAGAGCUCAACCCAACAUAAGGGACAGAGCUUUUUUUGUUGUUGAGCGCCCAUCAUGGGGGACCCCAAGAUCUGGCUAUUACUUCUUCUGAGCACCAAUGUCUUUGCUCAGAAAGGCAGUGAAAAUGCUGAUGAACAGAUGUCAUCAUGCCCAUUGUCAGCAAGGUUUAAGACCUUUAAGAAAUAUGUGUACCAAUACACAACAGAGAGCAAAAAUGGUGUGACUGGUACAUCCAAACUCAGGAAUGGCCCCAAAGUCACAUGUCAGGUUGAACUCGAAGUCCCACAAGAAUGCAGCUUCGUUCUUCACACAGCGAACUGUGCUCUCAGUGAGGUGUCGGUCAUCGACCCUCAGGGAGAGCCUGUGUAUAGACAGGCCGCAGGAGCUGAUGCCUUCCAGACUGCUAUGGAGAAGAACCCUCUGAAAAUCACAUGGGAGCCGGUCGUCGGGAUACGCCUCUACCCAGAGCCAGAUGAGCCUGUCAACAUCCUGAACAUCAAGAGGGGCAUCAUCUCCGCACUCAACGUCCCUGUCAUGGAGGAGAGAAACAACAUUAUGAACACUGUGCAUGGCCUGUGCAAGACUGACUACACCGUCAACUCCAGGAAGGACAUUGAUACAGAUGUGACCCUCACCAGAGAUCUGUCUCAGUGUGAUCAGUUCCGCAGAAUGAAGCUCCCCAGCAGCCCCCUGGCCCUCCUCCCAAGCCUGCAUGGUCCUUUGUCCAAGCUCAUCAGUAGUACUCAGGACUGCAACUAUCAGUUUGACAACAGGAGAAAGCAUAUGACCAAUGCUGUGUGCACAGAAAAGCACAUUUUUCUGCCCUUCUCACAUGAGAAUAGCGGAAUAUCAUCUGUGGUGACACAGAGCCUGACCUUGAAAGACUCAGCAAAGAUCAACAACAGAGUCGUUGAGGUUGAAACCAGCCGCAAUCAACCCCUUCACAUGGAGUACCCAGAGGACAAGGCUCCUACUCAGACCAAAGAAGCUGUGCUGAGCACGCUGCGAGACCUCAGCGGUCUGUCGAGCACUGACCAGGGCCAGAGGAGGCCAGGUCUCUUCCAGAAACUGGUCUCCGAGCUUCGUGCCCUUAAGAACGAGACACUGAGCCCGGCUGUGGAAGAGAUGAUGGUGGAGGGUGGUAUGCUGACCUGGCAGGCCCUGGCCCAGUGUGGAACACCAGAGUGCACCAGUGCCAUCCUCCAAGUCAUCAGGACGAUGGACAGCAACGCUGUGGAGGGGGAUGCCUUUGUGUACGCCCUUAGCCUCCAGUCGAGCCCUGAUUCCCACCGGGUCAGAGAUAUGCUCAGUGUGGCCCAACACAGGCAGAGCAAAGCCAUUAUGUACGCUCUGGCAAACACAGUAAGGAAGUUCCACCCAGGACAUCCCACCGCUGAGGUCAAAGAUGUGAAAGAGUUCAUGGAUACCAUGUUGGGAGACUGCUCAGGGAAUGAGGAUAUGACUUUCCUGACACUAAGGGUAAUAGGUGUUAUGGGUAAAGCUAUGAAAUCUACCGGUGAUGUCGGUCUGAGCUUGAAGAAGUCCCUCAUGAACUGUGUGCAGAAGGGUGCUUCUCUAUCUGUCCAGAAGGCAGCAAUUCAGGCCUUCAGACUCAUGGACAUCGACCAGGAGGUCAGAGAAAGUCUCUUGGAGGUGUACCAGGAUGCUGAGAACCCCGUCCAGAAACGUGUGGCAGCUUAUCUGAUGCUUAUGAAGAGUCCUGAUGAUGCACUCCUUAGCAAGGUGAUCACCACGCUGAAUGACGAGCAGGACCCACAGGUCAGGAGCUUUGUGGCCUCCCACCUUGACAACAUCCGGCACUCUGAUGAUCCCAAACGCAGCAGUAAACAGUAUAUCGAGGAGGCAUUGCAAGACCAUCAGCAUCCUGCUAACCCCUUCACCACAAUGUCCCGCAACUACAAAAUGGACACUGCCAUGGGCUCCAUGAAGGGCAACAUGAUAUUUGAUUCCACUGACUCCCUGCCAAAGGAAGUCCUGCUGGAGACCACCCUCAAAGCCUUUGGGUACAAUAGUGAUAUGUUAGAGGUUGGUAUUGAAGGUAAUGGAUUUGAAGCGAGACUUGAGGCCCUUUUUGGAGAGCAGGGUUUCUUCCCUGACUCGGUCUCCAAGGCCAUGUACUGGGCGGGUCACAAGAUGCCAGACUCGGUCAAGCAGGUGCUGGAGAACUGGAUCCCCCCCUUGAGGAGUGACAGAAGGAAAAGACAGGUCCCACAGGACCUCAUGAGAGACAUUGGACAGAACUUCCAAAAGCUUGUCAGGGAACUUCGCUCUCAAGACUCCCCUGAGGCUAUGGCAUACCUAAGGAUUCUUGAAAAUGAAGUUGGAUACAUCAAGUCGAGUGAGAUUGAACACAUGGCCCAGAGCCUAGCCAUGUACUCUGAGGUGUUCUUCAAGAUCAUGCCUCUUAAGGUCAUGCAGUCUCUAAUGUCGAGCACUGACAACGAGCUUUAUGCCCACUAUAUCUUCCUGGAUGAGAGCUUUUCUCUGCCCACCGCAUCUGGCUUACCCCUGAAAUUCUCCUUGUCUGGUGUCUUUGCCCCUGGAGCCAAGGGAGGUCUGAGCUUCUCCCCUGGCAUGCAGCAGCUGUCUUUCAUGCCAUCUGUCGGUGUGGAGUUUAUUACGCAAAUGGGCAUCCAAAUUCCUGAGUUUGUGCUGGCUGGCAUUGAGAUGCACACCAACAUGUACCAUGAGAGUUCCCUGAACACCAAAGUCACCAUUAGCAGAAAUGAGAUCAAACUCUCCAUCCCUGCACCCAAGGGAACCACUCAGCUUUUCAGUGUCAGCAACAAGCUGAUGUCAUUGUCCUCCACCCAGACUAAGAUGGUGCCGUCGAUAGGGGAGGGUAUGACAGACUCCACUGAAUGCCAGCCCCUGUUUACUGGUAUGAAUAUCUGCACAACACUGCGUUACACCAAUGCAAGCUCAACAGAUGAUGCUCCGUACUACCCCCUUACAGGGGAGAGCAGGCUUGCUGUGGAGAUCCAACCAACAGAGGAGGUAACAGAAUACACUGCUGCCAUUACUUCUGAAACUCUCAGAGAGGGUAAGGAGGGACGCCAGAAAGUGGACUCUCUGAAGCUAACCCUGAGGGCGUCAGGUUCUGAGCCCACAGAGGCGACCGCAACACUGAAGUACAACCGGAACAAGAACACUCUGACCACUGAAGUCCAUGUCCCUGAUUAUGACAUUGAGGCAGGGAUUAAGCUGGCAGUCACAGACAGCAAUGUGAAUGGGAAGAAGAUACGUGGCAUCACCUUAGAUGUGACCAACCACAAUAUUCCACAGUUGUCUCUAGUUGGUCGUGCCAGACUUGAGUCCAUGGAAAAUGGAAUGCUGCAAGUCCAGAUGACCAUCCCGGCCCUAAGUUCAGAUGCCUCUGCUACUGCAACCCUGAAGAACACCGAUGGUCUAGUCAUGCAAUUAGAGACAGCAGUCAAUAUUCCAGAGACUUCCUCCAUGCAAACAGUCAUUGUGAGAUAUGAUGACAACAAGUUUGAGGUGGAGAUGAAGUCUGACCUGAACUCUGAGAUCCCAAAACUCAUCCCAAACACAGAAGAUUACCAGAGGGCGCUACAAAAGUUAAUUGAUGACAUACUAGAUCAGAAGGUGGCUAAGACUGAUAUGAAAGUGCGGCACAUUGUUACCAAAGCCAUUGAGGCAUGCAACAUUUGGCUGGACAAAGUUGCUGGAAGAAACAAGAGAAUCCUUGCAGAACUCACUCUACCCACCGUGCCUGAGAAACUGUUCCUUCAAUCUGACAGUUUAUUCAGAUACGAGUUCAACCAGAACAAAAUGGCAAUCUCCCUUGUUUUGCCUUUGGGAGGAAAAUCCUCUGAGGAGUUAAACAUUCCCGCUACCCUGUCCAUUCCUGCCAUUGAUGUUCCUGAAAUAGGUUGGAUGGUUCCUGCCAAUGAGAUCCAAAUCCCAACUUUCACCAUACCUCGCUCUUUUGACAUCGUGCUGCCCUUGCUUGGCCUUGCUGAGGUGACCUCCAAAGUAAACAGCAACUUCUACAACUGGGAGGGAUCCAUCUCCGGGGGCAACAACACUGUUGAUGUUCCCAGCUAUAUUGCUCAUUUUAAAGUCAAGGCUCAGUCUCCUAUCAGCCCACUCGCCUACAGACUUGAAGGCACAGGCAUGAUUUCAGGAACAGUGGAAGAUAAUCUGAAGUACCUAGUCAACGGGUCCCUGAGCCACAGUUUCAUCGAUGCCAGCUUCAGUGUCUUUGAAACCUUGAGCGUUACAGACAAACUGAAUGCUAAGGCCAACUACAAAAUUGAAGCCUCAAGUCCUCUGGGCCUGCAGACCUCUCUGUACUACUCAGCAAUGUCAGAAUCCACUUCUGAAGAGGUCACAGGGGAUGGUAGCUUGGAUGGAACCAUCAGAGUGGGCUCAUGGAAAGCUGACUCCACCUACAGACAUAACUAUGCCAUUCGCCCCCUCGAUAGAGAAGGAAGAGGAGAGUCCAAUCUGCGGGUGAACUCCCCACUUAUCCAGGCUCAGAACAUGAUCAAGGGAGUCUUUGCCAAUGACGAGUUGUCCAUUGUGUCCAAAACCAAUGUGCAGGACGAUGCUCUCAAGCAUGUGGCAGAGCUCAAGUACAAGGAUGGCCAACUAUCUCUAAAAUGUGAUGCUGUUUCCAAUGCCCUGGGCAAUAUACUUAAGAACAAAGUUGAACUUGGAAUCUCCAGUGAGGUAAUCAUUCUGAGAGUUGAGUCCCAGGCUGAUGAUGCAACAAACCAGGCUUACUCCCUUCUCACAGGUUCCCUGAACAUGGACGGUCUUGAAGUCAACUCUGAAGGCUCCCUUACCGUUAAAGGAGGCCGUGGAUUGCAUAAGGCCACUGUGUCAGUGAACAGAAAUGGCCUGGUUAUCAGUGGCACCAACAGCCUGCAGUGCAGUCCCUUGACGUUUGAGAACAUCUACAAUGGGGGCAUAGAUAGUAGUGGAGCCUCCCUGACCUCCACGACCAAAGGAAUGGGUGAAGACAGCAGAGCCGAGCUAAGCUUUGAGGGCAGAAUAUCAAGUACUGAGGCUUCUCUAGGCAGUGCCUUCAGAGGCAACGCCUAUGAUUCAAACGCAAGAAGUACAACAAACCUGGUAUUGAACAGGCAGGGUUUAAUCUUCUCCAACAACAUGAAGGGAUCUCUGCAGAACAUGAAGACAGAAAACACCCAUAGUCUGACUCUCACAUUAUGGACCCUGGCCUUCCGCUCUAAGACAGAUAACUCCAUCUGUGAGGACGCCUCCUACAAGCAUGAUAUAAAGGUUGACGUGAAGCCUUUUGUUACCUCCAUUGACAUUAAAAAUUAUCUCAAGCUCUUUGACGUCCGUAUGAACAAUGAAGGCCAGUUAAAAAUGGAGCCUACCAAGCUGAACCUGAGUGGAAGUUUAAGAGGAGCCUACAGAGACGAACAUGAGCUCAGACACACUUAUGAACUAAACUAUGCUGACCUAGCUGGCGCUCUGAAAUGUAGUACAACUGGGAAGAUAAUGGAUGCACAGAUGAGCCACAACUGUGAAAUUGAGAUUGCAGGACUGACCUCCAAGUCUAACUGUGAGGCAAGGAUAAACUCAGAAUCAUUACAUUUUGUCAGCACUAUUCGCACCUUGGCACUGCCAUUUAGUGUCACUGUCAAUGCCAUAAUCAACAGUGAUGGUGAGGUGGACCUGUUUGGGAAGCACACUGGGCAGCUCUACAGCAAAUUGCUUGUUAAAGCAGAGCCUCUUGCACUUGCUUACUCACAUGACUGCCGGGCCACAACCACACAUAUGCUGGAGAGUUGGGAAUCUGCUGCUCACCUGGAUAACAAGUUUGAUGGUCUUCUAACACCCAGUGAACAGUCAUUAACCUGGAAAACUAAAUCCAAUUUUGACAACCACGCUUAUAAUCAAGACGUCAGCACUUACAACAAUGCUCAGAUGCUUGGAAUUGAGUUUGAGGGAAUAAUAUCUACAAACCUUUUAAAUGAGGCUGGAGUGUGUGGAGACCAAAGGUCAGAGAAGGAAAACCAAGAAUUCAGUGUCUCCGGUUUCCUGAAGUAUGACAAGAACAGUAACUCACAUAUCAUCGAGCUUCCCUUCAUUAAAAGCCUUCCUGCUGCUUUUGAUCUCCUCAAGACUGCUGUUGUCAGUGCUCUGGAGGCCAUGCAACAUUAUAUCAUCAGCUUAGACAUUAACCAGCUAAUUGGUGAGCUAAGAGUCCAUUUAGACAAUCUGCCGCAGCAAGUCAGUGACUUCAUGACAGAGAUUGAUUUGGAGAACAAAGUGACUGAUGUCAAAGAGAAACUGAUUAUUUUGACACAAGAGUAUGCUGUGACACUGGAAGACUUGGAAGCCUCUGUGGAGAAUCUUAAGGUGAACAUUGAAAAAACGCUAUUUGAUAUUGCAACCAAAAUCAGAGACCUGAUUGCGACAGUCAGGGGCAGCAUUGAGAGGGGAGACUUGUCAGACGCCAUUUCAAAUGUCCUCUCACAAAUUAGAAAUAUGCUUAAGGAUGUUGAUUACCAUUUUAAUAUCAGAGAAACAAUUGUCAUAGUCAUUGAUGCAAUUGAGGAUGUCAUCAGACAGAUUGAUCUACAGAAGCUAGGAGACAGCAGUGUUGCCUGGUUGGGGGACAUUGAUAGUAGAUUUAGAAUCAAAGAAAAACUUCAAGAUAAAAUUAGUGAAUUGAAACAGGUUAUUGAGACCUUUGAUGUCACAAUGUUUUUCCAGAAUCUGAGGGACUACACCCUCUCAAUCAACUUUGACUUUACUAAAUAUGUGGAGCAGCUAACUGCUAAGAUUCCCACUGAGCAGAUGGCCAGGGUCCUUGAAUCUAUAAAGGAUGUAAUUGUCAACUGGAUUGAAGAAUAUGAAAUUGCAGACAAAAUCAAUGCUAUGUAUUCUUAUAUCAGAGAUCUGCUUCUCAGGUAUGAGUUUGACAAGAGAUUUGAAAUAUUCAUGGAUCAGACUGUAGUACUCAUCAAGGAAUUCCGAAUCCAAGAAACUGUGCAGUCACUGGUUGAUGCUUUGAAAUCUAUAGACGUUGAACUCAUAUAUGACAACGUUAUGCAACUACUGGAUGGGUCUGUAAAUCAGUUCAAAUCAAUUGACUUCAAGCAAAGUAUUGAUGAGCUAAAGGAAUACAUUUGCUCAGUCAUCAAGAUUAUAAAGGAAUUUGAUUACAAUGUGUUUGUUGAUGAUGCUAACCAGAAGAUCAGUGAACUAACAAGUUAUGUUAAUAAUCAGAUUGAAGCCUAUGGAAUUGCACAAAAAAUAGAGGCCUCCAGAGAAUUUGUUAGAAAGAUCCAGGGUUCUAUCUUCAAAUACUUGGAACAACUCAAAGAGACAAGAAUUGCAGAAGUUGUGAAGAUGAUGAAAGAUGUGAUUGACACUACAGCCUUCAACGAUAUAAAGACGAUUGUACAGCAAGCUCUUCAAGACAUGAGAGAUAGAGUUGAUGGCAUGAACAUUAGAGAGGAGAUACUCAUAUAUCUGCAAAGGGCAAGUGACUCCUAUACGAACAUGGUUGCCUACAUUUCUGUUCAGUUCAACAAACUGAUUGAGGAAAUCCGCAGGGUGGCUGAGGACCAAGAUAUAUUAAACCAGAUCAGUCAGGCUGUGGAUGGUAUUCUGGAUGCACUGAAGAUAGCAGAUGUUGAGAUUCCCUCUUUUGUAGUGCCUCUCACUGACCUCGUAAUUCCCGCCAUCCAAAUCAACCUGAACAGGCUGCAGGACAUAAGCAUUCCGGCUCAAAUCUCAGUCCCUGAGUUCACCAUCCUGAGUUCUUACACUGUCCCAGCUAUGAACAUAGAUUUUGAGGAAAUCAAACAACAAAUAAUUGCAUUCAUCGACCAAGUAAGAGAAUAUGAGGUUCCAAUGCCUCCACCCGAAGCCAUCUUUGGAGACUUGAGAGCACUUUACUUAUCCGACCUCCCAGACUUGACCUUCCCAGAAAUAACUAUUUUAGAGAUCAAGCUUCCAGCCAUCAACCUCCCUAAGUUGAAUCUGGAUAACUUUGAAAUCACAAUGCUUCCAAUUCCGGAGUUAAAGUUCCCUCAGGUCCACAGUGAAGUUCAAAUUCCUGCUUUUGGCAAGCUCUAUGGCGAGUUUAGAGUGAACUCCCCCCAUUACACUCUUGUGACAGUAGCCUCAUUAGAGAACUCAACAACAAUUAAUUUGAAUAGAGAUGCACCAGAGACUUCCAAGUUCACAGCCACGCUUACUUCUCAGGCCAAAUCAGCCUGUGAAUUCCUUGACUACUCCUUGGAUGCCACUGCUCGUCUAGAAGCUUCUCAGAUGGAAACAUUGGUGUUUACUGAGACUGUGAAUGUCACCCACAUGGUCUUCUCUAUAGAUCAUGAGGGAUCACUGACUUUCAGCGCACCCUCUGCAGAAGCAACAGCAAAGACCACUGCUAAGGCCACUACUGAGAUGUACACAGCUGAUCUGGUGAACAACAUUGCACUGUCCCUAAAGAGUGGAAUUUCUGCAUCAAUAGACACUACCUACAGCCACAACUUGAACAUCCCAGCUGUUGAAACUUCAAGCCAAGCCACAAUGACCCAGACUGCAGCAGCCAGUCUUGACUCUGGUAUUAUUUCUGUGACUGUUCGAAAUGAAGGAAGUGGAAAGUGGUCAAUUCAAGACUACUCAGAUGAAGGCACACACAAAAACAAUCUAGAAUUCAACAUCAAUGUUAUCACUGCGAAAUUAACCUUUGUUGGAGAAACUGAAAGCAAGGUCUUGAAAAUGAAACAAACCAUGAAUGCUGAAUCUGUCAUUUUCAGCCACUUCACUGUUGAUGCCAGGGCUGAGACAGAACUUCCUUUCGUCAAGAGCAGUAUUGUGGUUUUAAAUGGAGAUGCCCAUGUGGGAGACCUAAAGAUUGCACUGACAGCCUCCCACAAUGCAGAGCUUGUGGGAAGAAUGAGUGGAACCAUAUCUAACACUUUUGAAUUUUUGGCCCGUCCUUUUGAGCUUGUCCUAGAUUGCAAAAACGAAGGAAAUUCAAAGGUUAUCUUCCCAUUGAAACUCACAGGAAAGUUUGAUCUCCAAAAUGAAUUUGGUGUGAUACUUAACUCUGAAAUGCAGCGCGCCUGCUGGGCUGGCUUAGCUCGAUUCAAUCAGUACAAGUACUAUCAUAAUUUCACAGUGGACAACAAUCAGAAAGACAUUGGAAUCUAUGCAGCAAUGAACGGUGAAGCCAAUGUUGACUUUUUGACCGUUCCCCUCACCAUCCCUGAGAUGACAGUGCCUUAUCUUAGAUUGAAAACACCUCACAUUCAAGAACUUUCUCUUUGGGAGCAUGCUGGCCUCAAGGAACUUCUAACCACCCCUAGGCAAUCAUUUGAAAUGAACCUAAAGCUUCAGUAUCAGAAGAACCCUGACAUGCACACCAUUGAUUAUGACCUACAACCCUUCUACAAUGCAAUUAGUAAUUUAGACAUUUUUAGGGCUCACUUUGAGUUAGGGAGAAACAAACUUGUAAACCUUCUGACAACCUCUUACAAUGAAGCCAAGACACAUUUUGACAAAUAUAAGAUUGACACAUCCAACCAACCUCCCAGGUUUGUCACAGUCCCCGGAUACAAAAUACCCAUCCUGCAUAUUGAAGUCUCUAGCUUCAGAGCAGAGUUACCUGCAUUUGGCUUUUUCAUCCCUAAGGAGGUCAGUACACCAGGUUUUAAAGUUCCAACAAUGGGUUUUUCUGUGCCAUCUUAUACCCUGGUGCUGCCAUCUCUGGAGCUGCCAGUCUUACAUAUUCCUGAGACAUUGAGUGAGCUGUCCCUUCCCUCAUUCACACUACCUGCCAUUCAGAACAACAUCAUGAUCCCUGCCAUGGGCAACAUGACAUGCGAUUUCUCUUUCAAGUCCACUGUGAUUACCCUGACUGCUAAUGUAGGCCUCUAUAACCAGUCUGACAUUGUUGUCCGAUUUGGAGCUUCCUCAACUUCUACGUUUGAUAUUCUAAAAGGUAAACUUGACGGGUCUACCAGCCUGACAAGGUCAAGGGGUUUAAAACUUGCCACUGCUCUGUCCUGGGAGCACAAGAACACAGAAGGCAGCCACGAAUGUACUGUUAGUCUCUCUAAAAGGAACAUGGAAGCUAUUCUGGCAACUGUUGCAAGAGUCAACCUUCCCUUUGUGAGUCUGGAAUUGAGUCAGGAACUUCUUGGAAAUACCAAGACAAAACCAAAUGUAGCCUCCAAGAUUAAACUAAAAUACAUGCUUAAUAUGCCACUGAUUGAGGCUGUAGGCAAGGGGAACAUUGAUCAAAACGUGGCAUUGGAGGGACUUACAUCUUAUGUCUCACUGGAGACCUCUACCAAAGGAAAAACUGACAUAACAGUAAAAAGGAUUGUUUACUAUGGAGCUAUAGACAACGAGGCUAACGUUUACCUAAACGCAAAUGGCUUGCGAUCCACAGUGAAAACUGACCUAGACUCCAACCUUGUUCACGAUAAGGUUACCAUAUUGAAUCUGAACAUCAAUAACAACCUAGCUCUUGAGGCAUUUCUGAGGCGUGUGUAUGCAACUUUGAAUUACACCUGCAACAAUAUGGUUAACAUUGUUUGGGCAGGGUUUGAUACAAAUGGGAAACACUCUGUUAAAGCAAACUUAGACUUUGUUCCUCUAACAACGGUGACAGCUAAGGUAGACAUUGGUGCAACCCAGCCAUUCAAUUACAUGGAUCUUCCAGGUGACGCAGGAGUGGAUCAGAAAUGUUAUCUUUCCAUCACUGCAGAUAAGCAGACAUUCAGCUGGAGUGGCAGAGAGCAACUUGCCUCUGUUGUACAUUCCUGUGACUUACUUCUGUCAAAUGAUGAGGCUGAAGUGAAGAUAGAUAUUGCUGAAUCUGUGGAAGGAUCUCUUGCUUUCCUGAAGUCUGUCCGGCUCCCUGUCUACCAAAAGACUAUUUGGGAUGUGCUUAAGUUAGAGCAGGUCUCCAGAAUGGAUGAAAUGCAAUUCCUCAAUCUGUCCACUACUGUAGUUUACACAAAGAACAAAGAGGGACUAAUUUUCACUUUACCAUCCAAAUUAUUUGAGAACGGGGUCACCUUCAAUAUCCCAGAAUUGACACUAGCAGUGCCUAGCUGGGUGAAAGAGAUCCCAAAGGCUGUAAGGACGAUUGACAUGCGAUUCCAAAAUAUUGAUCUCCCAGAUCAGGUCUCGGUGCCACCUGUCAUCCAUGUUCCAGCUUUUGAUGUACCCUUCACCACUCUCCAUGUGCCAGCCUUCUCAAUUGAUUUGAAGAAUUUGGAGAUCCCUACGAUGAUAAGCACCACUGGCUUUGACAUCAUGCUGCCUGGUCUGCCCAAGGUGGAAAUUCCCAGUUUUGAUAUUGAUAUAGAGUUGCUACAGAACAGAAUGUCCUUCCUGUCAGUGAAGCUGCCACAGUAUGAAAUCAUUAUCUCAUCAUUUACCUUCUCCAAGUCCAUUACCAUUGGUGAGCACACCAUUAAUUUGGAUGAGAUUGCUAGUCAGAUUUCCAACUUUGAAAUGCCAACCAUUACCAUCCCAGAACAGAAGAUUGAAAUGCCUGAAAUCUCCCUGAACUUGCCUGUAAGUGUGUUUAUCCCAGCCUUCGGUGCCCUUUCCACCACUGUGAAGGUGUUAUCCCCAAUUUACAAUGUGACAUCAACUGCAAACCUGGAAAACAAGGAGUCCAACGUUGUCACUUCACUGAAGUCCAUCUGUACCUCCACUAUGAUCUUCCUGGAGUAUGACCUCGAUGCCACCGCCACUCUUCGUUUUGAGAACGGAGCAGUCCGCAUGAAUGGGAAAUGCAACUUGGUUCACAGUGACAUGAAUGUCAACUGGCAGCAUGUCUUCUCACAAAAUCUCAGGAUGAAACGGCAAGUCUCUCCUGAUGCUAUUGUAUCUCGUCAUACUUUGAAUGUGGAUAUCACCAGCCCAACCUUUGUUGAUGUGAGCUUCCGCUAUGCUUCCCGCAAGGAUGGCAUCACCACUUCCAUGGCUUCCCCAUCGAUUGGUUUCCUCGGAUUCCUUUUUACUUGGAGGUCACCUUCACAAGUGUACGGAAAAGUGUUCAGUCGCUACCUGUCUAGCCCUGAUAAGGAUACGGACAUUGUGAGUGUCAAAGCCACUCUGAAGAACUCUGAGAAGUUAAGUUUCCAGGUUGCCUGGAACAUGAAUACCAUGCAUGACACCAUCGAAGGGCUCAAAGAGCGGAUGCCUGCCAUCACAGAUGCGCUGCUCAAGUUCAUAAACAAGUAUCACACAGCUCACUUUGGCUUCAGUGUAAACCGUGCCUCCAUUAAGCUGAAGAACUCUGUCUCCAACAUUAUUGAGAAAGCCUAUCAUGAGGUCCCAUUGGGUUUUGAUACACUACAGAAUUCUAUGAGAGAGAUGUUUAGGAUUGCAGCUGACAGUAUGCCGUCUAUCGACAUCACUGAACUGCUUAACAGUGUUCUUAUGUUCUUGCGUGAGACUAAAUUUGCUCUGCCCGGAAUAGAGGAGAGACUUUCUGGACAGGAGCUCUACGAGAGGGCCAGUCGCUCUGUGUCUGCAACCAUUGACUGGGCUGCCCAAAGGUUCUCAAAUCUCAUGGAGACCAUAACUGAUAUAAUUGAAAGUUUAAUUAAAGGCGUUCAGUUCACAAUCCCUGGUAGCAAUGUAGUGGUCAACGGAAACAAGAUUGUUGCCAACCUGAGGUCUGUCAUGAGUGCCAUCCAGGAUGAGAUGACCAAGGUAGUGAGACACUUGGAGGACGUGAGUCUGGAGGACCUGAUCCAGAAAGUUCAUAACCUCCUGCAGCUAUGUUUCCAGAGGACAGCAGAGUUCAUCGCCUCUCUGAAGACACAAGACCUGAAGAAAAUGUUGCGUUCUCUUGAGCGUGACAUGUACGUAACAAAAUCUAAAGCUGGUGAGUACAAAGAUACUGCCAAAAUAAAGAUCCAGGAAAUCUAUAACGAGGUUACAGUGGAUCGUGUGAACAAUGACCUCAAGGAGCUUGUCGAUUUUUUCCAGUCUCACUUUUAUGGGGGAUUCAAUGAAUUGAUCUACCUAAUGGAGCAAGCAUCGCAAAGCACAGCUCCAUACAUAAGAGUAACAUUGAAAAAGAUGGACAUUGAUGUUCCCCUUCCCUUCUUUUGGAAGUCUUUCAGUGAGUGGCCAACACAGAUAAGGCAGUGAGUGAGCGAGCAAUGCUUAUUACCACCACUUGAAUAAGAACAGCUAACUAAAUGUACUUUUCUAUAUGAAAAGAAAACACUAUACUAAGCACAUGAGGUUGGUGGCACCUUUAUUGAGGAGAACGGGCUUGUGGUAAUGGCUGGAGUGGAAUCAUUGGAAUGGUAACAAAUACAUCAAACACAUGGUUUCUGUAAUUGAUGCUAUUCCAUAUGCUCCAUUCCGGCCGUUCUCCCCUCUGCAGCCUCCUGUGAUACUAACAUAUACUUUAUGUUUGAGCUGUGACUUUGCUAUGUGGAAAACCCAAAAAUAUUAUACUAACAAAUAUACAUUAUAUUUGAGCUGUUAUUAUAUAUCACUGUGUUUCAUUUUUUUUAAAGCUAGUUUUUUUUUUAUGCCUGAACAAUCAUCUUUUUGAUGACCAUGUUAAUUGAGACAAUAAAGAGAAUUUUUACAGUUAUGGUCAACAACA